AUGGCCUCCUGGCGCGAAACCAAUAAGCACAUACGUAUCCUGCGCGAUGCGGAGGCCGGCAAAUACGGUGUCAUCGCAGCCAUCGCGUACAACAUCGAACAAAUCCUCGGUCUUGUGCGUGCCGCCGAGACUUCAAAAUCACCACUGAUUAUCCAAUUCUUUCCCUGGGCUAUCACGGCAACAGGCGGGCUUCUGGUUCGGACGGCGGCAGACGCAGCUGCUAGAGCCACUGUCCCCAUCAGCAUUCACUUGGAUCACGCGCAGUCGGAGGAUAUCAUCAGAAUUGCGGCUGACAGCCUCCCCUUCGAUAGCAUUAUGGUUGACAUGUCGCAUUAUGAAAAGGAGGCCAAUUUGCAAAAGACUCGACAACUGGUAGAGUACUGUAACCAGCGACAGAUCGCCACGGAAGCCGAACCGGGUCGUAUCGAAGGUGGUGAAGAUGGUGUUAUGGAUACUGCAGGACUAGAAGCCUGUAUGACGACACCGGAAGAAGUUGACGAGUUCGUGAAUACGGGUGUUGAUGCCCUGGCACCGGCGUUUGGAAAUGUCCAUGGUGAAUAUGGCUCACGAGGCCCUCAGUUGGAUUAUGAGCGGUUCGAACAGAUACAUACCCAGGUCAGAGGAAGAGUCAAUCUUGCACUCCAUGGGACGAAUGGGUUCUCACCUGCGACUAUGAAACGGUGUGUCGAAGCAGGUGUUUCCAAGAUCAAUGUCAACAAGUUGGUUUUGGAGGACUAUUACGAGCACCUCCACUCUAAUGCUGGCAAGAUGCCUCAUACCCAACUUCUUGAGGAGGGGAUUCAGAAAGUGGCUGAUUUGACAAUGUUCUGGAUGGAGGUCUGCGGAUCUGCAGGGAAAGCAUGA